AUACAGUCACUAUUAGAGCUAGCUGCUAAGGCAACGACGGCAUCGCGGCUUACAGAGACCCCCGAAACUCCCAUCUUUCUCAUCCUUCCACUACGCUCCUACCAGAAACCAACGAGGAAGAUCUUUUGAACCAUGUAGGAUGCGAUCAUGUGGGCUUUUAAGCGUUUUGAGGGGCAUUUCUUGAAGCUGUUGCCACUUCUAUCAAGAGGUGGAACCAAGAAUUUGAAUGGUGGCUCUUCUAUCAUCACAAAAGCUAGUCAAUAUGGCCCUUCCCUGUGUAGUUCAUUUGGUUGUUUCCAUUUGAUGUCUACAAUGAAAGGAAGGGGCAUGCGAUCCAAGGUAGAGAAGAGAAUGCGGAGAGAAUCAGCAAAAACACUGACGGAGCAUCGGCGGUCAAAAAGAAUUCAUAAAAUGCUAAUGACUGAAGAUGAGAAGCUCAUUUACAGCUUAAGAAGGGCCAAGAAAAAGGUUGCUCUGCUUCUACAGAAGCUGAAAAAGUAUGAGUUGCCGGAGUUGCCUCCACCUCAACAUGACCCGGAACUUCUAACUUCUGAACAGCUUCAAGCUUAUAAGAAGAUUGGAUUCAGAAACAGAAAUUAUGUGCCCGUCGGAAUUCGUGGAGUCUUUGGAGGUGUUGUCCAAAAUAUGCAUCUCCACUGGAAGUUUCAUGAGACCGUACAAGUUUGUUGCGAUAAUUUUCCAAAAGAGAAGAUUAGAGAGAUGGCCACCAUGCUUGCAAGGUUAAGUGGAGGCAUUGUGGUUAAUAUCCACAAUGUGAAAACAAUUAUCAUGUUCCGAGGCAGGAAUUACAGGCAACCGAAGAAUCUGAUUCCCAUCAAUACUCUCACUAAAAGGAAGGCCCUUUUCAAGGCUAGAUUCGAGCAAGCUCUUGAAUCGCAGAAACUGAACAUCAAGAAGGUAGAGCAACAGCUUCGUAGAAGGGGAACAAAUCCAGAGGACCCAAUUGCCAUGGCCAGCAUUCAAAGAGUAGCUUCUACAUUUUUCCGUGCCAUCGAUGAGAAGGAAGGAACUCCUUAUGUUUUCCGUGAGAAUGCGAAACUGAUACCUGAAGCUAAUGAGAAUUCGAGGGAGGAGGAUCUCGAUGAACUAUCUCCCGAGUACAGCGACCAAGAAGAGCUAGAUAGGUUCAUUGCUGAAAUUGAGCAGGCUGCUGAUUUGGAGUGGGAGAAAGAGGAAGCAGCUGAGAAAGAAGAAGCAUCUAAGAUCAGAUAUUGGGGAAGAGAUGAUAUUGGAUUUGGGUUGAGGGGUAGGAGCCAACAAAACUGGAGGAAUUCGGAUUCAGAUGAUGAUAGGGGCCAUCCGAGACAUUUUGCUAGAGCCGACGGCACGCAAAGGCGAAAUACUCUGAAGAAAUACGAAGAUGACGAGGACGUCGAGGAGGCUUCAGGUGAGGAUUGGGAAUCGGAUGAUGAUGUCGAUAAUGUGAUAGCUGGCAUUGAAAACAAUGCCUCGGAUGCCAUUGUGAGCAAGGAAGAAAGUCAUGGAUUAUGGAGAAGCGCAAGAGGGAAAGGUGGUGGUAGUGAGAGAGUAGAAAGAAGAGCUGCUAGAGUGGAUUAUUUUUCAGACUUUGAUGGCUCCUCAGAGGAUGUAGUGUUGGAUUCAGAAGGUCAGGGAAGAGUAGGACUGUCUGCUAGCAGUGAUUAUGAGGAUAGUGAUGGUGACUAUGGCCAUGAAAGUCUGAAACCAAUUAAUUCAAAGAAUGAAAAGGUUGAUAAUGGUAGUUACAGUGAUUAGAACCAUAGUAUUAGAGCAAUACAGUUGGUUCAAUUAGCAACGUCCCUCCAAAGAGAAAAUAUUACGUGCGGAUUAAGUAUAUGCGGAGUGGUGGUAUCGUGCUGAUAUUGUGGUAAAUACUAUCACGAGAUCCCAGAAUACCAUCAAAUCCGCAUCUAUCUUGUCACGCGUGAUAUUUUUUUUCUCCCCAAGGCUAUUUUCAUCCUGCUUGCACCCAAAAUGAGUGUUUUUAAUUUCAGCAUUCUUGAUUCUAGAAUGCAUUGCAAGAAAGUAAAAGGGGGAUUAACAUAUGCAGCACAUAAGUUUUAUGUAUUUAUAUGUUUAACAUUCAAAUUUUGAAUUUAUUUGGGGUUA